ACAGCCCACAGUUUUCAGUAAUCACUUCCUGUGUUCCAAAGUAUAGCUUUCCAUCCCUCGCCACUUGUUGAAACUCAGAGUUUCUCCUUUGAUAUUUUGUAAGGAUAGCAUGUUUCCAGAUAUCCCAAGCUCUUGGGCUGAGUUGGCAAUCCUAAGUUUUAGGAAACUAGAGGAGAAACAUGAAGCAAUAAACCUUGUCACAUAUUCCUGCCAGGAUUCAGGCAUUCUCCAUGGCCUGACAGUUCACCUGCUCUUUAGGUGUUUUGUUGUCUCUAAAAAAGCUCCUCAGCUUUCACAGCACAGAGGCAUGAUCUGUACUUGGCUCUCAUUUUAGGAUGCUUCCAUUGAUUCUAUCCUCACUAAUGUGCUUCAGGUAUAUUCCUUUCCAGGGCUUAGUCUGGGAUGGAAGAAUCUAUGAGUGAUUCCCCAAUAUUGUCAAAAACUUUAUUAUUUGUUUGCGUAUUUGUGUGAUUGAUUAAGGACUUUUCUUUGUAUCUAAUGAAGUAAAUAAUAUGUCCUUUCUUGGGCUCUUUACAUGAACCCUUUCCUUAGCAAGAGGAAUGUCAUCUCAAAGAAUUUUUCUGAUUGGCAGCAGCUCAACUGAGCUGAAUUUUAACUGUGCUGUACUCUAUUAUACCCCAAAUCUCUUUUCUUCUUGUCUGUAUUGCCUCAACCUCGAGCUCUACUGGCUUCUGUCAAAGCAUGCAUGAAGACAAUGGCCCGAAGUGGAGUCCUGGUACUAGUAUUUUUCACUGUGGCUGUCCUGAUGAGCUCUCAUCAAUCAUGGGCUACCAAAGAGGAGCAUGUGACCACCCACGCUGAGCUCUAUCUGAGCCCCAAUCAGUCAGGUGAGUUUAUGCUUGACUUUGAUGGUGAUGAGAUUUUCCAUGUGAAUAUGGAAAAGAAGGAGACAGCCUGGUGGCUUAAAGGAUUUGAAUGUUUUGCCAGCUUUGAGGCUCAGAGUGCAUUGGCCAAUAUAGCUGCGGACAAAGCCAAUCUGGACGUCAUGAUGAAACGCUUCAGCUGUACACUGAACAUCAAUGAAUCUCCGGAAGAGACACUGCUUUUGAACAGCCCUGCAGAAUUUCUACAGCCCUACAUCCUCAUCUCUUUUGUCGACACAUUCUCUCCACCAAUGCUCAAAGUCACAAGGCUUAAAAAUGGAAAACCUGUUAUCACAGGAGUUUCAGAGACAGUCUUCCUGCCCAGGGAAGACCACUUUUUCUGCAAGUUCUACUAUCUCCCCUUCCUACCCUCAACAGAGGACUUCUGUGACUGCCAGGUGGAUCACUGGGGACUCGACAAGCUGCUCCUCAAGCACUGGGGUAUGAACCAUCCCUCAAUUUUGAAAUGCCAAAUCCCUCCCAGAGACAACAGCGAAUCUGGUGUAUGCAUCCUGGGCCUGGUUGUGGGUGUGGUGGGCAUCAUCGUUGCUACCAUCUUCAUCAUCAAGGGUGUGUGAAAAGCAAUGCCUUUGAGUGCUUUGGGCUUCUGUGAGGCAACUGGAGGUGGCUUUGAUGUGGUCAGAGGAAGACACAUAUGGAGUUUUCUGAGUGUGUUAAGCAGAGUGGGCAAUAGGAUAUGUCGUGCCUUUAAGGGAAUGUGGUUCUCGAUUUGUUUUCCUAGGACAGAGUCAG